UUGAUUUGCUGUUUCCUCUUCAGAAGUGUGGAAAAUUCAGUAAGGACAAGCCAAGUCUCCGCGUGUCAUAAUUCUUUCCUGUAAUUCAGAGUUUCUGCCUUUACUGACACACAAAGAUGGCCACAGCUCUGACUCUCCUUCUGAUUGCGUGUCUGCUGCAGAGUGCCCAGUGUGGCGAGUUUAAGGUCUUUAUGCAGCAGACUAUAAAUGUUUCGAGUGGAUCCUGUGUGACCAUCCCCUGCUCCUUUGAUGUAGAGGACAGAUUUACAUCAAACUUAGAUGAAACAUGUAAAGCAAUGUGGAGAAAUGAGCAAGAUGUUGAUGUGUUUGAUAGCAGUAAUCCACAAUCACCUAUAAAAGGAAACUUGAUAGGAGACUUAACAAAAAAAGACUGCACCACAACCCUGUACAACAUGAAACCUGAAGACAGCAAGAAAUAUUACCUGAGAGUGGAAUGUAACAAUCCCAUGAAAUAUGGUUUUAAAGAACAAAAAGUAGAAAUUUCAGUCACAGAUCAAGUCACACCGACUCUGACUCCGUCUACACUGGAGGUGAAUGAUGGAACCUCAGUGACUUUGACAUGCUCUGCUCCAGCUCCUUGUCUGUCUCAUCCUCCAACUCUGACAUGGACUCCUGGCCUGGGUGUCACUCAGGAGACACUGUGGGAGAAUCAGGACAAAACUAAAGUCAAAAUCUCUCUUCUGACCUUCACUGCUACUCAACGCCACCACGGACAGGAAAUCUCCUGUACUGCUGUCUACAACCAACAAGAUGGCAGCACUGAGUCAUCUGUUUCCAGACUGACAGCUGAUGUUUCAUAUCCACCCCAAAACACCACAGUGUCAGUCAGUCCCUCUGGUCCAGUACCAGAAGACAGCACUGUGACUCUGACAUGCAGCAGUACUGCCAACCCAGCAGUGAGGGACUACACCUGGUACACAGCUCAGGGAGGCCAGGAGACUGUCAUGGGGACCGGACAUGUUUUACACAUUCAAGCUUCUAAAGUCAGUGUUCCUUUUUUCUGCAAGGCUGAAAAUGAUCUUGGAGCUGGACGAUCCAACAUCAAUCAAAUACAUGUUCAGUAUCCACCCAAACACACCACAGUGUCAGUCAGUCCCUCUGGUCCAGUACCAGAAGACAGCACUGUGACUCUGAUAUGCUUUAGUGCUGCCAACCCAGCAGUGAGGGACUACACCUGGUACACAUCUCAGGGAGGCCAGGAGACUGUCAUAGGGACCGGACAUGUUUUACACAUUCAAGCUUCUGAAGUCAGUGUUCCUUUUUUCUGCAAGGCUGAAAAUGAUCUUGGAGCUGGACGAUCCACCAUCAGUCAAAUAGAUGUUCAGUAUUCACCCAAACACACCACAGUGUCAGUCAGUCCCUCUGGUCCAGUACCAGAAGACAGCACUGUGACUCUGACAUGCAGUAGUACUGCCAACCCAGCAGUGAGCGACUACACCUGGUACACAUCUCAGGGAGGCCAGGAGACUGUCAUGGGGACCGGACAUGUUUUACACAUUCAAGCUUCUAAAGUCAGUGUUCCUUUUUUCUGUGAGGCUGAAAAUGAUCUUGGAGCUGGACGAUCCACCAUCAGUCAAAUAGAUGUUCAGUUUGCUCCACAGAUCCUGCCCUCAUCUGACUGCACCCAAACUGCAGACCAGCUCAUCUGUUCCUGUGAGACUGUGGGAAAUCCUGCUCCCACUUUACAGUGGUAUUUGGACGGGCUACCUGUCAAUCACUCUGACAAGUUUGCAAUCAGCAGUGAGUCUCUAAAUGACACAGGUCUGAGGAUCAUCAUCACUGUGAAUCAACCACAAUGGAGGGAUCUUUCCACCUUGCUCUGCCGCAGCUCCAACUCUCUAGGAUCUGUGACUCAGCAAUUUCAUUUCUACAGCCUUGAAUCUCCAACAUCUGCAGAAAGUCACGUUGCUCCACAGAUCCUGCCCUCAUCCGACUGCACCCAAACUGCAGACCAGCUCAUCUGUUCCUGUGAGACUGUGGGAAAUCCUGCUCCCACUUUACAGUGGUAUUUGGACGGGCUACCUGUCAAUCACUCUGACAAGUUUGCAAUCAGCAGUGAGUCUCUAAAUGACACAGGUCUGAGGAUCAUCAUCACUGUGAAUCAACCACAAUGGAGGGAUCUUUCCACCUUGCUCUGCCGCAGCUCCAACUCUCUAGGAUCUGUGACUCAGCGAUUUCAUUUCUACAGCCUUGAAUCUCAAACAUCUGCAGAAAGUCACGUUGCUCCACAGAUCCUGCCCUCCUCUGACUGCACCCAAACUGCAGACCAGCUCAUCUGUUCCUGUGAGACUGUGGGAAAUCCUGCUCCCACUUUACAGUGGUAUUUGGACGGGCUACCUGUCAAUCACUCUGACAAGUUUGCAAUCCGCAAUGAGUCUCUAAAUGACACAGGUCUGAGGAUCAUCAUCACUGUGAAUCAACCACAAUGGAGGGAUCUUUCCACCUUGCUCUGCCGCAGCUCCAACUCUCUAGGAUCUGUGACUCAGCGAUUUCAUGUCUACAGCGUUGAACCUCCAACAUCUGCAGAAAGUCACGUUGCUCCACAGAUCCUGCCCUCAUCCGACUGCACCCAAACUGCAGACCAGCUCAUCUGUUCCUGUGAGACUGUGGGAAAUCCUGCUCCCACUUUACAGUGGUAUUUGGACGGGCUACCUGUCAAUCACUCUGACAAGUUUGCAGUCAGCAGUGAGUCUCUAAAUGACACAGGUCUGAGGAUCAUCAUCACUGUGAAUCAACCACAAUGGAGGGAUCUUUCCACCUUGCUCUGCCGCAGCUCCAACUCUCUAGGAUCUGUGACUCAGCGAUUUCAUGUCUACAGCCUUGAGCCUCAAACAUCUGCAGAAAGUCACGUUGUUCCAAAGAUCCUGCCCUCAUCUGACUGCACCCAAACUGCAGACCAGCUCAUCUGUUCCUGUGAGACUGUGGGAAAUCCUGCUCCCACUUUACAGUGGUAUUUGGACGGGCUACCUGUCAAUCACUCUGACAAGUUUGCAAUCAGCAGUGAGUCUCUAAAUGACACAGGUCUGAGGAUCAUCAUCACUGUGAAUCAACCACAAUGGAGGGAUCUUUCCACCUUGCUCUGCCGCAGCUCCAACUCUCUAGGAUCUGUUACUCAGCGAUUUCAUUUCUACAGCCUUGAGCCUCAAAAAUCUGCAGAAAGUCACGUUGCUCCACAGAUCCUGCCCUCAUCUGACUGCACCCAAACUGCAGACCAGCUCAUCUGUUCCUGUGAGACUGUGGGAAAUCCUGCUCCCACUUUACAGUGGUAUUUGGACGGGUUACCUGUCAAUCACUCUGACAAGUUUGCAGUCAGCAAUGAGUCUCUAAAUAACACAGGUCUGAGGAUCAUCAUCACUGUGAAUCAACCACAAUGGAGGGAUCUUUCCACCUUGCUCUGCCGCAGCUCCAACUCUCUAGGAUCUGUGACUCAGCGAUUUCAUGUCUACAGCCUUGAGCCUCAAACAUCUGCAGAAAGUCACGUUGUUCCAAAGAUCCUGCCCUCAUCUGACUGUACCCAAACUGCAGACCAGCUCAUCUGUUCCUGUGAGACUGUGGGAAAUCCUGCUCCCACUUUACAGUGGUAUUUGGACGGGCUACCUGUCAAUCACUCUGACAAGUUUGCAAUCAGCAGUGAGUCUCUAAAUGACACAGGUCUGAGGAUCAUCAUCACUGUGAAUCAACCACAAUGGAGGGAUCUUUCCACCUUGCUCUGCCGCAGCUCCAACUCUCUAGGAUCUGUGACUCAGCAAUUUCAUUUCUACAGCUUUGAAUCUCCAACAUCUGCAGAAAGUCACGUUGCUCCACAGAUCCUGCCCUCAUCUGACUGCACCCAAACUGCAGACCAGCUCAUCUGUUCCUGUGAGACUGUGGGAAAUCCUGCUCCCACUUUACAGUGGUAUUUGGACGGGCUACCUGUCAAUCACUCUGACAAGUUUGCAAUCAGCAGUGAGUCUCUAAAUGACACAGGUCUGAGGAUCAUCAUCACUGUGAAUCAACCACAAUGGAGGGAUCUUACCACCUUGCUCUGCCGCAGCUCCAACUCUCUAGGAUCUGCGACCCAGCAAUUUAAUUUCUGCAGCCUUGAGCCUCAAACAUCUGCAGAAACUCACGACCCAGUGAUGUUGGCAGUCCUCAUCUUUAAAGCUGUAGGACUGCUUGUACUAGUAUGUACUCUGUUUUUAUUUACCAGGAUUCAGAACAUUCACCAUAACCGUCCUGAGACCACAGUCGCUAUGAGCCAACUUCUAUCAAGUGGAGAGGAAAACGAGGUACCAAACACAGCCGCAGAGGACAUUUAUGUCAACGCCAAUGACGUAAUUUGAGAUGUCACCCACCCUGCAGCCAUUUUUGAGCCAAAUGAUGGGGAAGGAGAAAUUAAAAAAAAAAAAGAGAGAGAAAAAUGAGGAAGGUAAUUAAAUUUACUGUAGUGUGAUUUGUCAGACCAACAGACUGUGGACAUAAAUCAAGGAAGUUGAAUGUGAAUAUGCGCACAUUCAUUUUAAAAAUAAGAGUGUUAUGGACAAAUAGAUGCUGUUCCUAAGUGUUUCUUGCUCGCUUGUAUGCAUUGUUCUCAAUUUUUUGUCGUGGCCUUGACACAGAGAUUUUAUAUUAACACGAUUAUGUUGCUUUGUUUUUAAGUUUAUGUGAUCUUUAAAAUAACAUUUAAGAAUGUUGUUUUUAGUGUAUAAUAUAAUGUAUUUGAACCCCUCGAAGAAGAAGACUACAGAUCAUUCGAAUUGAAAAGGGAUUUGUAAUAUGUAAAAAAAAAUAUAAGUCUGUUUCAGUCAGUUUCAUUUGUCAGCAUCGGAUUUUGAAGUCACGACGUUAAGUAUUGUAAGAGCCGUAAUGACAGUCUUAAGAGUGUUUAACAGUUUAGUUGUAAAAUGUUUGAAAUGCUCCUUUAGGUUGAUUGUUAGUGAUGUCACAGCCACUUAAACAUCAGAUAUGGUUAAGCAGCCUAAGGAGCAACACAGUUUUUUGAAUCUUGUAACUUUGUUUUUUGCUUUUAAAGUAAAGUUUUUUGAAAAGA